AUGUCUGACAGGCGUCCAAGUUCGGGCAACGCUCCUCCGAACUGUGUGGUGGAUGAAGCUGAAGAUUGUCGCUCGAGCAGCCAGCAGCACGACAAGACACGACAAACGGCGAUAACGACGAGCGCAGAACAGGAGACGGCGAGACGAAAAGAUAAUGACGAGGUAUUCCGCCAGGGACGCUGGAAGCUUGGGUACAAGGGCCAGGCAGAUGGAGGGCUGUCUGGACUGGCUACGGACUUGCCCAAGCAGAGGAGGCUUUGCUACUGCUUGUCCGGGGCUACGAGUGUCAAGUGCUGGGAGCAGCAUCUGAGCUUUGCUUCGUACGAGAAUACGUCGGCAGAUGGCCGCAUAUGCGCGCCACUGCAAGCUGUCCGACAGCGCCCCCAAGCCCCUCCCAAAUCUGCCGCAGCAGCCAUGAUUGUCUCUCCUUGGAAGCUGAAGGCAAAGGACUUGCUUGUUUCCUCUCUUCACCCUGUCCCCCUGCAAGCCUGUUCCCCCUCUAGAGAGGGAGCGCGCUGCAUCAUUGGCCAGGGGCCUGUGUCGGUUCUAUCAUCCGCGAUGGCCCAAGCGUCCACUCCCAGCAUGCUACUCCCAGUCCUGAUUAGCGGUCCUCAGUCAACGCCAAAAACGCCCACCAUACGAGUGGCUAAUACCACUCCUAAUAACCCGGUGGCCUGUCAGGUUCCCCCCUUCAGCUCAAAGGCACCAGUAUUACAACUGCUGUUGGUCUGGCAGAUGGCGCGGUGGCGUUUCUUUCCCGGCCGCAAAGCGUAG